AUGGCAGAGAUUAAAAUUAGUAAUCAAACGAAGGAUAGGACAGCUGCUUGUAAAGCCUAUAUAGAAAGGAAGUAUAAAAGUUUAAUUACAAAUGAGAGAGAAAAAAUGUAAAAUUGGCAGUAAUUGUAAUCAGUAUUACAAAAUUUAAAUUUUACAUCUAUCGAAUAAGAGUUAAUUAAGAAGGAAAUUCAACACAAGGAAGCAAUGCAAUUAAGAAAGAAGAGACAAAAAAUAACAGUGGAUGAUUUUGAAUCUAUUGCCAUAAUUGGAAGAGGAGCAUUUGGCGAAGUGAGAGUUUGCAGAUAGAAAGAUACAAAUGAAAUAGUUGCGAUCAAGAAAAUGAAGAAAAAAGAAAUGCUAUUCAAAAAUCAAUUAGGACAUGUAAGGGCUGAGAGAGAUAUUUUGGUUACAUCAAAAUGUUAAUGGAUAGUAGAACUGAAGUCUUCGUUUUAAGAUGAUGAAAAUCUAUACUUAGUAAUGGAGUUUCUAAGUGGAGGAGACCUUAUGACCUUAUUAAUAAAGAAGGAUAUCAUUCCAGAAAGAGAUGCAAAAUUCUAUAUAGCUGAGUUAGUUUUAGCUGUUGAGGAAAUCCAUAAUAUGAAUUAUAUUCAUCGAGAUCUGAAACCAGAUAACAUAUUAAUAGAUGCGCAAGGUCAUUUAAAAUUAUCUGAUUUUGGCCUCUGUAAACAUUUGGGCUAACAUUAUGAUAUGGCUGUUCCCUAUACUAUGAAUAACACUGCUGUGGAUUAAAAGAAACCUAGGAAUGAAUAGAGAAGAUAAUUAGCGUUUUCAACAGUUGGGACACCUGACUACAUAGCCCCAGAAGUCUUUUCAUAAUAGGGAUACAAUCAAUUGGUUGAUUGGUGGAGUGUAGGAGUGAUACUAUUUGAAAUGGUUAUUGGAUAUCCACCUUUUUAUAGUGAUACUCCAUAAAAAACGUGUUAGAAGAUUUUAAAAUGGAAAAAUCAUUUCAAAUUUCCAAAUAAUCCAAAAGUAUCUCCUUAAUGUUAUGAUCUAAUUACCAAAUUGAUGACAGACGUAAAUGAUCGAUUAGGGGAUGCUAGUAAGAUCAAAAAACACCCAUUUUUUAGUGGAAUUGAUUUUAAUAAUAUUAGAAAUCAAAAAGCACCUUAUAUUCCUGAUAAAAAGGUGUUGACUUCGAAUUUUGAUAAGUUUGAAGAGAAAGAACCUUGGAAACAUGUAAUUCAUAAUAGAGAGGAGUCGGAUUAGGAGAAGAACGGAUCCAAUUUAAAUAAGAAGUAUUUUCAAGGAUACACCUAUAAACGCAAUUGUGAUGCGGAGAUGAGUCCUGUGAAAAGAGCUUUGGAGGAAUUAGAAAAUAUCAAACCGUCAGGGAUUAAGGCAGAUUUUGAAAAGAAAUAACGAUCUCAGUCUCCAAAACCUAUAAAUGCUCCUCCUGAAUUCAACAAAUCUCAAAGAUCCUAAUCUCCAACGAUAAAGGAAUAACUCAAAAAUACAUACAUGUAAUAUAUUGGGUAAUAUUUAUCACCUCUUAACAAACAAAAAUAGUAAUAGAAGUUAUAAAAAUGA